AUGUCUUCGCCCGACGAACAACCAGAUAUUACAUCCCUCCUGCUGAAAGCAAUAAGCAAGGAAUCUAUCUUCCGCCUGACGGACCUUCUACGAGACAUCAUCAAAAAUAGCCCGGAAGGUCGUGAAAUCGCCUCAAAAUGGCUCCUAGCAGCAAAGGACGAUGUGAAAGCCGAGCGAGUCCCCACAUCUCCAACUGUCCCCGUCACUUCCAGCCAGCCCGCCAAUAAAGAGCCCAUUUCUGAGCCUACGGCUAAUAUCCCGAUGUCAUUCCGUUUCGAAAGAUGUCUCUACUGCCUGGAGAAGUUCGAUGUCACUAAAAACUCAGCGAUAAGUUGCAGAUAUCAUGUUGACCCCGACAUGGUCGACGAAGAGUUUUUCAAGGACGAGAUUGAUGCUGGAAUCGAUGUUGACCGUGAGGAGUAUCGUGAGGCUUGGCCGGAAAAGUUCUUCUAUACUUGCUGUGGAAGGAACUUGCUUGAGGAGGUGUGCCAGGUUGGUUGGCAUAAGGUUGCGAAGCGUCCUAGCAAGCGGGCUAUUCCGGAGGAAGUUCGAUGGAAUUAG